CGCUUUUUCCCUUCCCUCCCUUCCCUCUCGAUGACGGCCGAGACGGAUUUCUCCGACGGUUUCUAUCGCAAGGAGUGGGACUGGCUACUGGUCUCCUUGAGCUUCGUGCAGGCGUGCAUGGGCUCGUUCACUACAAUAGAGUGAGCGGCAUAAUCGUGCUGGUGCUGCGCUGUGUGGGGUGCAUCUGUGUGUGGUUGCAGGAGCAUCAUUGAGACCGUCCAUGCGCCAUCCAUCCGGUUUUUCUUUCGGUGGGCUGCCCAAGGCGCAGUUGCACUGGGGCUCGUGACGGUGUGGGGCAUGCACUUUAUCGGUGAGGGUGCACUGACAGAAAGGCUGCUGGUCAGGCAUCUGUCUCUGCCUCUGUGUUGUGUGUUGUUAUGCCCCCAACAGGGAUGCAGGCCCUGAUAUUGCGCGAUACGCAAAAGGGAGACCAGGAGAUAGAUACCAGCCACACGUCGUUCGAGACGUUCACAUCUCCUAUCUGUGCCACUCUCGGCUGCCUACUCGGUGAGCACACCUUCACACACACACACACACACACACACACACACACGGGGGGAGAGAUAGAGAGAGGACCACUCACUCCAUCUUCGAUCUCUGUUGUCAUCUUACGCAGGCGUCUUGAUAGGUAGAAGGCACGCCUGCAAAGAAUCCGCCGGUCCAUCUGCCGUCAACCUCUCCUGUGCCUGCAUGGAUCUCGCAGCAUCAUACAAUUUUGCAUAUGCGCACCCCCUGAACCGCACCGGCCGCAAGGAGGCCUGGGCCAACGAAGUCAUCGAUGCGCUCGAGAAGAUCACCCAUGUAUGUUAUGUGAGCAAGAGACACAUGCAUGACACAAGCACUGGACCACGUCUUUUACUCUGUGUGAGGAUCAGGGCAGCAUCCUUGCCUGUUUUAUCGAGAAGGAGGAGAAAAGGAUGAAGCGCAAGGAGGACAGACGGAAGAAGAAACGAGCUUCACAUUCCCGCAGCAAGCGCCUCUCUAUCAGUGACCGGAAGGUAACUUGGACCAGAUCAGCAUCUUUGUAUGCAUCGAUCCAUGUCACACGUGUAUGCGUGUGCAGGUCCUAAGCAGCUGGACGAUCAAGUCGUUGUCUGAGUCGGGCAAGUGCCAUCCCCUGGAGCUCUCCAGUGCCACGGAAGACACGGAAGGGGACAAACACGAAGCCGACCAGAGCCCCGGAGACACCGAUGGGGAAAUCAGGAUAGACGACGCCCCACAUAUUGUGCUGAGCUCACCGAGGGAAGACGCGCCACCCCCACCAGCACAAGGUCGCGAAGGAGACGCCAAAGGACUAACUUCCCUGCAGCCGCCUUCUGCAAGUUCUGAGGACGGAGAAGGAACAUGGGGGCCAUCAGAGCUCACCGACAUGGAGGAAGAGAGAGAGGGCCUGCUUCAGGAAGACGCGGCCGACGAAACAAGAGGCGCGGCAGCGACUGUCGUGCUUGAUCAGGCGACGCACACCGGCUCCGCGGCCAACCGGGUGCUUCUGCCGUCCCCCGGUCCAUCCACCGAGACAGCCCACAGACGAGCCCACGGCAGCCAGAAGGACGCACGCACAAAAGCUCGCGAGAGACUCGCCUCCACCCUCGACGUGCCGGCACUCCAUUUUCUUAUCUUCACAUCCGACUUCAGCGAAGAGGACAGCAACGACGCCACGAGUGUGGCGUCACGGUCGACGGCGAGCAACCCGAUGAUACAGACCAGGAUCAUCGACACCAGCGAGGCAACUGUGGAGCAGCGAGCGCCUUCCCGGCGGACCAUGAGAAGAUGGUCUUUCGGCGGUUGGGAGGGCAAUGCUGAGCGGUUUCGGCGGUGUUUCAACUGGGAGGCCAUCAGAAGGGAGCUGUUUUCGUAUUCUAUGGUGCACAUUCUGGUGGGGGCAGCGGUGAUAGCCCUGGGAGUGGCGGGUGAGGAAGGAGUAGUAAACAUGGAUUGCGCUGUGUGUGUGUGUGUGUGUAUGUGUGUGUGUACCUAUGUCUCUUUCGGCUCAGGUAUGCACUCGAUGAGUGUAUCUGGCGGGGUGUUCGCCGGCCACCACGUCUACGAUAUCCCACUGUGUACGCUCGGUCGCGAGCGGCCGUCAAUGAAACACACCGGCGUCUCUCUGUCUCUCACUAUAUAUGUGUUUGUGCGCACUACUCCCCCCCUGGCAGAUGCCUUCAGCUGUGCGAUUGCGUAUUUUGUGGGCGUGUUGACUCUGCUGAUCUUGCUGUAUGGCAAGGGUUCCCGCGGUGUGCUCGUGGUGGCCCCCCUCAUGCUGGCCAUGAGUGUGUGCAUCGUCCAUUACUUGGGAAUCACCUCAACUCACUACAGGAAAGGAGAGGUACGUUCCCAUCUGUCUGUCUGUCUGUGUCUCGAUGUGUCUGUCUGUUUGUGUGUUGCAGCCGAGACCGUUUAUGAUAAGAGACGACAAAGUGCUGCGGUGGUCAAAGGUGGAAAUGGCGCUUGUCACGACCCUCCUGACGCAGUCGGUCAACUACGUCAUGCAGCUCUUCAUCUCACUGGUGCGCAGAAGUCGGCAGAAGAAGACCUUCCAGAUGCUCAAGGUCAUCCUCGGCGCUGAGCGGUAGGGCCGGCCACAGGUGCAGCAAGCGAGCGGUCCAGAAAUUUCAAUCUCUGCUUGUUGGUUUUUCUCUCUCUCUCUCUCUCUCUCUGUGUGUGUGUGUGUCUGUGUCUGUGCAGUUCUCGUGAUAGGAACAUCGUGUCGCCGUCUGGCAACGUGUCCUUCACGCCCCACAGCGACCGCUCGCUGCCCCUCCCGCCGUCCCUCCAUAUCUCUGACCUGCCCUCAGAAAAGAACGAAGCCGUGCACGACGAGCUGGAAAGCUAGGUUUUCCCCCUGUAUGGCCAGCCGCUGUGUGUAUGGCAAGCCGCUGUGUGUGUCGCGGUUUGUCCGGUCCGGUGCGUGCGGUGCUGGGUUCGUUUCGGUGGG